UUCAUCUUGCCCAAACCACUAAUGCUAUUCUCUCAUGUAGUUUAUUGAUGUAACAUGUUUUAUUGAUUCUGCAGUCCACGAUGGUUGUUGAAUCAAGAAGUGCCAAAAAUUGUGAAAUCGAUCAAUAGACAACUCCGUGAAAAAUCUAUUAAAACAAAGGUUGGAGCAUUCUCAGUGUUGAAAGAACUUGUGCUUGUCUUACCUAAUUGUCUUGCUGAGCAUAUCAGUGCCCUUGUUUCAGGGAUUGAAAAGGCUUUAACUGACAAAUCUUCCACUUCAAACUUAAAGAUAGAGGCCCUUGUUUUCACCAGAUUGGUUAUGGCUUCACAUUCACCAUCUGUAUUUCAUCCGUACAUCAAGGCUCUCUCUAGUCCUGUUCUAUCUGCUGUUGGUGAAAGAUACUAUAAAGUAACUGCUGAAGCAUUAAGGGUUUGCGGAGAAUUAGUUCGUGUACUUCGCCCUAAUUUUGAGACUUCCAUGCCAGACUUCAGACCAUAUGUUAGCCCUAUCUAUAGUGCCAUAUUGGCUCGCUUGGCAAAUCAAGAUCAAGAUCAGGAGGUUAAAGAAUGUGCAAUAUCUUGUAUGAGCCUUGUGAUAUCAACUUUUGGUGACAACCUUCAAAAGGAUCUACCAGCUUGCCUUCCCAUACUAGUUGAUAGGAUGGGAAAUGAGAUCACCAGGCUAACAGCUGUGAAGGCAUUUGCUGUAAUUGCUAACUCGCCUCUGCGCAUAAACCUCUCAUGUGUUUUGGAACAAGUUGUUUCUGAACUGACGGGAUUCCUGCGGAAGGCUAACAGAGCCUUGAGACAGGCAACAUUGGGCACACUCAACUCCCUAGUAGUUGCAUAUGGCGAGCAAAUUAGCUCAACAACUUAUGAAGUUAUAAUAGUGGAACUUUCAACACUUAUAAGUGAGGCAGACUUACAUAUGACUGCACUUGCUCUGGAACUUUGCUGCACGAUGAUGAUGGCCAAAAUAUCUAGUCAAAGUGUUGGUGUGACUGUUAGUCAUAAAGUUCUUCCUCAAGCUCUUAUACUAAUCAGGAGCUCGCUGUUGCAGGGUCAAGCUUUGCAAGCAUUACAGAGAUUCUUUGCUUCCUUGGUUCAUUCAGCAAAUACAAGCUUUGAUUCACUAUUAGAUUCCCUCCUUUCAAGUGCUAAGCCUUCACCACAGUCUGGUGGUCUUGCUAAACAGGCUCUUCAUUCUGUUGCACAGUGUGUUGCUGUACUUUGCUUAGCAGCUGGUGAUCAGAAAUGUGCAUCCACUGUAGACAUGCUGAAAGGAAUUCUGAAAGAUGAUAGCAAUAUGAAUUCUGCUAAACAACACCUGGCAUUGCUAUGUCUGGGAGAAAUUGGAAGAAGGAAGGAUCUAAGCGUACAUGUGCACAUUGAGAAUAUUGUUAUUGAGUCAUUCCAGUCUCCUUUUGAAGAGAUAAAAUCUGCAGCUUCAUAUGCUCUUGGAAACAUUGCUGUGGGCAAUCUAUCUAAAUAUCUUCCAUUUAUCUUGGAUCAAAUUGACAAUCAACAAAAAAAACAAUACCUUUUGCUUCAUUCUUUGAAAGAGGUUAUUGCUAGACAAUCUAUUGAUCAGCCUGGCAAAAGUGAGUUACAGGAGUCUAAUGUUGAGAAGAUAUUGAGCUUACUCUUCAAUCAUUGUGAAAGUGAUGAAGAAGGGGUUCGCAAUGUUGUUGCUGAGUGUUUGGGCAAAAUUGCGCUUAUUGAACCUAAAAAGCUCGUACCUGCACUAAAGGAACGGACUGCUAGUUCUACUGCAUUCACAAGAGCGACAGUUGUUAUUGCUAUUAAAUAUGCUAUUGUUGAAAGACCUGAAAAGAUAGAUGAAAUUUUGUAUCCAGAGAUCUCCACAUUCUUGAUGCUCAUUAAAGACAGUGAUAGACAUGUUCGUCGUGCAGCUGUUCUGGCUUUGAGUACAGCUGCUCAUAACAAACCAAACCUGAUUAAAGGACUUCUUCCUGAGUUAUUACCGCUGCUCUAUGAUCAGACUGUCAUUAAGAAAGAAAUGAUAAGAACAGUUGAUCUUGGUCCUUUCAAGCACAUUGUAGAUGAUGGUCUUGAGCUUCGAAAAGCAGCUUUUGAGUGUGUGGACACCUUGUUGGACAGUUGUCUAGAUCAAAUGAAUCCCUCUACAUUUAUAGUUCCUUACCUGAUUUCUGGAUUAAGUGAUCAUUAUGAUGUGAAGAUGCCAUGCCAUCUUAUCCUCUCAAAACUUGCAGAUAAAUGCCCUGCUGCUGUUCUUGCAGUUCUGGACUCACUUGUUGAUCCUCUUGAAAAGACCAUCAGUCACAAGCCAAAGGCAGAUGCAGUGAAGCAAGAAGUAGACCGUAAUGAAGAUAUGAUUCGAAGUGCUUUUCGAGCUAUUGCUUCCAUAAGCCGCAUAAGCGGAGGUGAAUACAGUUUGAAGUUCAAGAUGCUGAUCAAUAAUAUUUUGAACACCGCCGCACUUGCUGAAAAGUACAAUUUUGUGCGCUGUGAGUGAAUGAUAGGAAAAUGGUUGUUUCAGGCAAAUCGGUAAGAAUUCUAUUAAACAAUUGCAGGGUGGUCAUGGAAAAUGUUCUCUAUUUGCAGAGGCAUUAUCUCAGUUACUGAAAAUAUUGUUUCUAUUUUACCCAAACAAAAUCUCAGACAGGGAAGAGCAUAGGACAAGUAUACAGUGACAGUGAUGUUUUCACUAAAUUUUGUAAAUUCAAAAUUCAUAGUUUUUGUUACCCCUGAUGCUUCAAGCAAAGAUAUGAGGUGUUGUUAUCUUU